AUGAAGCUGCACGUGCUGCUCGCUGCUGUGUCUCUCGGUGUCUUCGUCUCGCUUUCUGGAUCCGCUCCCGGACACACGAACACACCGCUGCCGGUGUUGAUGCGCUUAGGAGAGGAGUACUUCAUCAGGCUGGACAACGCCGACCGGAGAUCACCGCCAAGCACCGAGGCGCUUCAGCUGAAGCUCACGCAGCUCGGUCGUGUCGGUAACGGGAUCAUGAACAGCCUCGAGGAGCGGGAGCGCCGGUCGGAAGACCCUCCAAUUUCACUGGAUCUGACUUUUCACCUGGCGCGAGACGAACAAUUGGCCCAGCGCGCAAGCAACAACCGCAAGAUUUUGAACGAUUUAGGAAAAUAA